GGACCUCCGGCUGGUCCGGGUGCUGUUCGAAAUGACGUCAUACCGUACUCUGAUUUGUCGGCAUCGACGGCUAGCGUUAGUCGGUUGGCUGAUGCACUGCACUGCACUUAUUGUUAUAGUUACGAGUUUGUUCGCCAGUUUCCAGCCGACGUCUCUGUCCGCCGGCGACACUCUGCCAGCCGGGAUGACACCAGCGAGACACCGGGCCUGCAACCGCACCCUGGCCGCCGCCUACCACCGGCUGGCGCCGCGCGAGGAGGGCCCUGACGCCGACAGGUUCAGGAGGCGCGCCUGGGCGCUGCUGGCUGCUGCCGUCAGCGCGUGCAACACGCUGGGCGUGCCCCACUGGCUGGGCAGUGGCACCCUGCUCGGCUACAUUCGGCAAUGCGACCUGGUGCCAGCCAUGGGUGACGUUGAUUUAGAAGUGGCCGUGGAACCAUUUGUAAAUGGUAACGUCACCGUGACCCAACUGGUGGAAAUUUUAAACUCUGCCGGACUCCUGUUGGCGUCUAAACUCGGCCGGCUCAACGACAGCCUAGAAAUGGCGUUCAAGGACGAUGUCGGUACGAGAAUCGACGUUUUCUUUUCGUAUCCCGACGGAGAAAAUCGAUAUACCGCAGGAGUCGACUUCGAUACGCUGAAAAAAAUCAGAUGGGUGGACCCGGAAAUCACGCUCUGCUGGGGCACCCUGCACGGCCUGGUGGUGGGAGUGCCCUGCGACUCCCACGCCUACCUCGAGACCAGCUACGGGCCCAACUGGACACAGCCGCUGCCAUCGGGAAGAAACUGGGAUUAUAGAGUGGACGCUACAAACACGGUUAAUGCCGGACAAUGGAGCGAGAACGAGAGGAAUGAGGUUAUCCAGGUAUUCAUCAAAUAAUAGUGAUCUCAUGUAAUUGUAUAUAUGUUACAGUUAGUGUGCGAAAUCCGUUAGGUUGCAACGCAACUAGUUACGUUGUAAACUACCUAGUAAAUCGCCUGGUGUUUUGAAUGUAUGUUUGUAAGUGGUGAGCCACACCCACCAUGCUUGUGACGUUUCUAUUAAAUAAAAGUACGCCAAGC